CCCUUUCUGUCAAUCGGGCUCCAGCGUUGUUGCCUGCCACGGCUCCAAAACACUACCACGUGACUCAAAACACAACCCAGCCGCAUUAUUGUUCCUGCCCACCUGCGUCCGGGCCUCAGCCUGCGCCUGCCUUCCCUACUAUCACCUUAUUACUUAAUAAUACGUGAUCUGCUCCUAUCUUCACCUCACCUGCCCCGUUUGCGUCUUUGUUUCACUUCCAUCAACCACAACCAUCAUCACCUGUUUCGCUCCCAUUCAACCUUGUCUGCAAACAGUCUCAUCAUCAACAUCUACUUCUUUGUCCUCAACCAGCCAGUUUUCUUCAGUUCGAAUCUCUCUUUCAACCACUUCGCCUUGCCCUUCCAACCACGGUUGAAGACCUCGCGCCUUACGACGUCUUUCUUUCAAACUGCAAGCAACCCCACCCCGCAGCUCCCAUUACUUUCGUCUUCGCGCUCUUCAUCUUUGAUUCCACCGAUCCUCCUACCCUCCGAUCUUCAAGAUGUCUGGCAGACUCGAUCAAUCCCUUCAAUCAAUCAUUGAUACCAGUAACAAAGCGAAGCGCGAGGCCCGUCGUCGCAAGGGCGUCAAGCCAAAGACGACAGCUGCUGUCCCCGUUGGAGGCGUCAAGAAGACCACAAGACCUGUCAAGUCAGCCAUCAAACCAACUGCUGGUCAGACUCAACCUUCUCGAAAUUCCAAAAUCGUCGUCAGUGGCUUGCCACACGAUGUCAACGAAAGCCAGAUCAAGGAAUACUUCAACAAAUCUGUAGGCUUUGUCAAGAGAGUCUCAUUGCAAUACAACCAGAGUGGACAGAGCCGUGGUAUUGCAGAUAUUCUCUUUGGCAAAGCAGAUUCCGCUGCCAAAGCCGCCAAGGAACUCAACGGAAUGCUUGUUGACAAGAAGCCCAUGAAGAUUGAAGUGGUGGUUGACGCCAGCAGUGUUCCGCAACCGGCUGCCCCGAAGCCACUUGCCGAACGUGUUGCUGCCAACCCCAAGGCUCAGCCAAAAUCUGCCGUCAAUGUGAAGAAAGCAACCGCCAAGGACGGUGCCAAAGGUAAAGGCGCUGGCAAGGAUGCUAAGCCGAAACGCGGUCGUAACGCGCGACCCAAGAAGACCGCAGAAGAGUUGGACGCCGAGAUGACAGACUACUGGGGAGGCAACAACCCUUCUGCUACCGGAGCUGCCCCGGCAGCGCCGGCCAACGGGGCCAACCCUGCUCCCGCCGGUGGAGACGAAGCCAUGGACGAGAUCUCGUAAAUGAGGACGACAACUCGAUGCAAAGGCUGCGCCUGGCUUAGAUUGAAGACCUACCCGACCACUCCACUUUCUCUCGCUUUUGACUCGACAUGGGAAGCAUGCUGUAUCAUGUAAUUUUCACUUUAGAGAACGAUGCGUUGCCAUGCACUCACUAUCAUCCCUGGGCGACAAAUCUUGGAGGGCAGUUGGCUCCGACGUGGUGCACGGGAGUUAGGACAGGAGGGAGUGGGAUGUUCAUAUCUGAGCGCGGAACAACAUCCUUUUCGCACGCAGGCCGAGGCGUGAUAGACGAUUAGUUUCAAGGCCCUGUAAUUGCAAUCAAUUCCCCCAAGACUCGUACUUUCUACUGAUUGAAGUGGAAGCCGUGUUGUAAAGUGC